CCGAACUCCAACCUUGAAACUGAAGACUUUCUCCGAGAGAGAUUUUCCCGAGCAAACGUAAUAGUUUUCCUGGAAAAUGCAGGCAGCCGAUGAUGUUCGCAGUCUCCCCAUCGACAUCACCUUCUCUCGUCUUGGAGAAUGGUUGGUCGAUCGGAAGAGAGUUCCGGCGGAUUGGAGGAAGAGAGUGGCGGCGAUUAGAGUCAAAAUCUCAAAGGAAUUUUCGUCUUUGCAUAAAGACAUCGACCCGUAUGUUCAAACCCUAGAUCCUGAAGGGAUUGGUUACUUGGAGGCAAAAAAGAUAUACGAGAUUCUCCUGAAGACCACUCCAGAAAGUCGGAACUUAUUUGGUCGGCUUUCGGGUGCUUCUGGUGCUUGGGAAGCAAUUGUCCGUGCGUUUGAGAAGGAUCAUAUCUUUCUCGGAGAGGCAGCUCAGAUUAUAAUUCAGAAUGUCAACUAUGAAAUCCCAUAUCUGAAGAAACAAGUGCAAAAGAUUCAGACACAAUUCGCGGAACUUGAGCGCAAAGAAGCUGAUAUCAAAAGGAGUGCGGCUUUGUCAGCUACCAAGUAUGAGGAAGCUUGCCGAGAGCUUGGAUUGCAGGGAACAAAUGUGAGGCGCGGACUUUUGGAGACAGCAAAUUCACUUCCAAGUACAUUUGGCAAGAUUCUUGAAGUUAUCAACAGUGACUCAAUGUCACAGGCAAUGGAGUACUACUCUACCUUUGUUAGAGAUGUUCAUACAGAAAAGGAUAAACAGCCGAGGGUUGUCUUACAAAACUUGAAAGACAUUCGCGAAAAGCCUCCAUCACUUAAUGUUCUUGUUGCUACAGAAGUGUUUGAUGCCGAGAAUAUACUGUCGAGCACAAAUGCAAACGGGAGUACGGAUGUCACUGUUGACAGCAUCGAUUGGGAUAUUACCGUAGACAGUGCUCAGAUAGAUUGGGAUAUUGGUACGGUAGAAGAAGUUGAUGAAUCUGGAAAUGAUCUAGGUUCAUACGAAGUCGUAAAUGCCAGUGAUAUUCCCGAGAAUUCUCCAAAAGGACUUUCUGCUUCCGAGACAGCCGCUUUUGAUAAAGGAGAACAAGGCCAAGGCACUGAGGCUACUGUUUCCGGGAUUUCAUGGGACAUAAGCGUCGAAACACCUCAGGUUGAAGUAAUAGAUGAUCCGGGUUUACCAGGAUCGGGCCUGCAAAUUCAGACACAUGUUAUGGAUACCACAACUCAAAUCUCGACAGAGAGAAGCCAGUUGCUGGAUACAGAGUAUAGGAACAAGAUUCUUGAUGAUUUGUAUGAGAUCAAAGCGUUCUUGAAUCAGCGGCUGGUAGAACUGAGGAAUGAAGAUACUCUGUCACUGCAACACCAUGUUCAAGCAGUUGCCCCCAUGGUUCUUCAGCAGUAUUCUCCCGAUGCCAUCGAGCCAAUACUGGCAGAUAUCUCAAUGGCCAUUUCCUUGCUGACAAAUAGGAAGACCCGAGAUCUGAUCAUGAUUCUCAACUCCAAAAGAUUUCUAGAUAGGCUUGUCUCUGAAUUGGAGGAAAAGAAGAACCGUGAAGUGAAGUUGAGAGAGAGCUUGAAGGAUGUGGCUGCCAAACGUAUGGAGCUUCAGAACUCGCUCUCUUCUAUAUGGCCGAAGCAGGAAGCUGCCCUAACAAAGACGAGGGAGCUGAAGGAGCUAUGCGAGAAGACUCUCUCCUCCAUAUUUGAUGGAAGACCUGUUAACAUAAGAGGAGAGAUCAAUACAUUGUUGAACAGUGGGCUCAAUACCUAGGCAUUAUUAGAUAGUAACACAGCUUCAACACCUUGGCCUUGAGGCUGUUAUUUUUUUCCUUCCCUUAAAGUAAACUUUUUUUUUUUUUUUAUUAAACAUCAAUCUUGUGGACUUCUGACAUCAUUAGUCUUUCAAUACUAAUAAACCGGGCAUUUUUUUUUUUUA